AUGAUGGGAAGCGCAAGUCCACCGUCCUCCACUCCAAAGUUCAGUAGUUUAGUUGUCCACUCGUCCACCAGUUUAUGGCAGUCAACUACGACGACACGUCAACACGGUGGCGCUAUCCCGCUUUAAUGGCUUAACUUAAAUAAAGUAAAUAACAAACGUUUCAGUGGCACCGCUUUAAACCGUGUGGAGUGGUACUUUCACUUUCGUCGGUGACUCUUAGUGGGCAGUUGUUUCUAAAGUCCUGCCUCUCGGCGCCAUUUUACAUUUUCUUGCAAGAGGCGGGAAUAUGUUUGUUUGAAGGCGGCUGACCACCGUGACAGACUCACUCGACUUUAGCGUGUUUUUGGCGACUAUCGGUUCUGAAGUAGCUUCUCAAUUAUCGACGCGGGUUCGAGUUUUGCCGCAUAAUGGAGUUACCAGCAGACGAAGAACUGCUACGGUUCUUCCACUGUUCAAAGACCGAAAUGUCGUGCAUGGAAAACCCGCACACGUUUGUACGACAACUCAGGGAUCACAAUCUGCUACCGGAAGAGUCCUACAAGAAAGUGAUCCGCAUAAAGAGCAAAGAGGCCUUAAAGAAAGGCCUCUAUGAAGUUCUGGACCGGUUGGAGAGAGAGCGCUCGCAGUCCAUCAAGAUGUUCUGGAGGUGUGUCUUCAAGGAGACGAUCUUAAAUCAGUACCCCACCUUGCAACAGUUGCGCAGCAGCCUGCUGGAUGGAUCCUUCCAUUUGGACGCAGAGAUCAGAGAGGAACAAGAUGGCGGUAAAAGGAAGGAGCCAUCAGAAGAUGAGAACGCAGAAAUCCCAAUGACGGCGAAGAAGAAGAAAUUGAAAAACGUGAGCCAGUGCGAUGACGAGGCGAAGCAAAGCGAACUUCCUUCACAAUCAUCAGCGCAGAAGAAACGUUCCAAGAAAAUAUGCUUCUCCCCGCUGGUGAAAACGGGAGAAGAGAAGGAUUUUUGGGCAUGGCCUAUUUAUAAGUCCAACCUUCCUGUGACCUGUGGGACCCUGAAGGGGUCAUUGAACAGAGAUAAGCUAAGCAAAGGGGAGCCGUGUAUUCUGGUGAAGAAACAGUGGGUCACGCCCAGUGAAUUUGAAGGUCUCGGUGAGAAGAAGAGCGCCAAGAACUGGAAGAUGAGCAUUCGAUGUAUGGACACACCCUUGGGAAAGCUCAUUGAGGCAGGACAUCUGCAAUGUGUCAACUUCAGAGGAGUACACAAGGCCAAGAAAUCGCUGUUCAGCACAGAAAACAUCAAAGAUUCCCACCAAGAGGUCGAUCCAGGAGAGAACAACUCCGUGUUCAACGUGACAUGCGGGGAACUCACCGGCAAAUUACACAAAAAACGAUUCGCAUCAGGAACUAGCGGUCGGUGUAUUCGCACCGACACAAGCUGGAUGAGUCCGGUGAACUUUGUGAAGGAGGCGUUGGGUGAGGAGAAGACAUCUUGGAAGAAAUACAUCCUGUUCCAAGGCGACCCACUCGGUGUUCUAAUCGAGGACAAUACCUUGAGGAUCCACUCGCUGUUAUGCACUUGCAGGCUGUGCAGUCCAACUGAUAGCGACCAGGAGGAGCAGAAAAACGACGAUGAGUGCUGCGUGUGUAAAAAUGUCGGAAACCUGGUGGUGUGUGACAACUGUCCGCUUUCUUUCCACCCCACGUGUCACCUGCCUCGUGUCGACGACGCUAUUUUGAGUAAUCCAAGACCGUGGGAUUGUACCUUCUGCGUCUUCAAAAGGGCUCAAGAGUGGCGUUAUUCGGACGUACUGGAAAGCAACGCAGUACUGUCCGACCAAAUAUCCAAACACAUGCCGGAGUGCCAGUACCUUCUCUUGUGUCUCUUUAGCGCUGACGAUGAUCAAUGCUUUGCGAUGAACCCAUCUUCCUACGUGAAGGACUACGCCGCGGCGGUCAAGACGCCCAUGUGGUUGUGCGAAAUCGCAGACAGACUCGAGAAGAAACGCUACCGUCUCGUCGGCGACUUUGUGUCUGACGUCCAGCUCAUUUUCUCAAACUGUGCUUUGUAUAACAAGGUGAGAAGCUAUAUCCGUACUCACAUGUGCAUUAUUUAUAUAUUCUUAACCAAACUGUGUUCUUCCCCCGUCUUGCAGAAUAACCCCGAUUUCAUCAACAUGGGCUCCAAACUAAAAAAGUUAUUUGAUGAUGAAUUUAAGAACGCUUUCAAUAUCUGUUAAGAAGGACUGACUAUAUUUGUAUGAAAUAUUUACAAAGAUAAUGAUAACACAUGGAUUUCUUUAUUGUGACGUGCAACUGCUAUGGAUGCUACAAUUCUAUGUUUGUUUUGUUAGCCUCGACAUUUCUCCGUAUUCAUUUGUUCAAUCAUUUUCUAGCGCUUUUUCCUCACGAGGGUCGCGGGGGGGUUGCUGGAGCCUAUCCCAACUGUCUUCGGAUACCUAUGGACAAUUUGGAGUCGCUAAUUUACCUAGCAUGCAUGUUGUUGGAAUAAUUUUACUUUAUUUUAGUUUUAUUGUGUGCGAGAUUCAUUGUUGUACCCCCCCCCCCCCCCCCCCCCCCCCCAAGUGCACAUUCAUUCAUUCAUUCAUUUUCUACCGCUUAUCCUCACAAGGGUUGCGGGGGGUGCUGGAGCCUAUCCCAGCUGUCUUGGGGCGAGAGGCGGGGUACACCCUGGACUGGUGGCCAGCCAAUCACAGGGCACAUAUAGACAAACAACCAUUCACACUCACAUUCAUACCUAUGGACAAUUUGGAGUCGCUAAUUAACCUAGCAUGUUUUUUUUGGAAUGUGGGAGGAAACCGGAGUACCCGGAGAAAACCCACGCAUGCACGGGGAGAACAUGCAAACUCCACACAGAGAUGACCGAGUGGUGGAAUUGAACUCGGGUCCCCUAACUGUGAGGCCUGCACGUUAACGUUUAUGACCUUACAAAUAGACUUUUUAACAUUAGAGCCCUCCUGACAUGAAAUAGCAUCCCUAUAGUCACCUUUACACUUCUAUGACCAAAUAUAGUAACAUUACCGACACCUUUACAUUACCCGGGUAGAACAUGCAAACUCCACACAGAGAUGGACGAGGGUGGAAUUGAACUGGGGUCUCCUAGCUGUGAGGCCUGCGUGCUAACCACUCGGCCGCCGUGCCGCCUUCUCUGUUUUGUCUAAAAUAUUGACUCGCUUUUUUAAUGUUUUCUCAUGAUUCAUUUAAUAUUCUAUGUGUUUUUUAAGUACGGGUUGUUUUUUAUAUUUUUAUUACUAAUAUUACUCAUAUCAACAUGUCAUUUUUUUUCUUUACAUUGUUCCUUUCAGUGCCAUUUUUGUUUACUUUUUUUUUUUAACUACUUUAGACACCCCGAUGUAAACGUUACUGCCAUAGUUGUAGGUUUUAAGGAAGUGUAUUUUACCACAAUGCAUUGUUAAAUAAUGAUGAAAUUUAAUGUAUUUAUAUGUGACGCCGCAGUAAAAUC